AGUACGGCUCCGCCUCCCUCCCUAAAUUAUAAAGAGGGCAGCGGUUUUGAAGUUGAGUAAGUGUUUGUAAAUUUCACAGAUUAGUCGUGUGUUGGUAUCAGGAGGCUAUUUUAAACUCUCACGUGGCGACAUGGCAUCUGAGGAACUGGCCAAAAAACUCCAACGCCGGCUGAUGCUGGAAGAAUCGACAGAAAAUUCAAACGGUGCCAUCCUUGAAAAUAAUAAUCACAUUGAGGUGGGUGUAGAGGAGGAAAAACCCGUCACCAGCAAUGCAGACACCGAACUAUCCGCUAAACUGACCAGGAGACUGGGUAUCAAUGAUGGGACGACAGAGCCCAAACAGGCUAAAGUGUUUAACCCUUACACCGAAUUCAAAGAAUUCACCAGGAAACAGAUUAAGGACAUGGAAAAAAUGUUCAAACAUUAUGACUCUGGAAAGGAUGGCUUCAUUGACUUAAUGGAACUAAAACUGAUGAUGGAAAAACUUGGAGCCCCUCAGACCCACCUUGGCCUCAAAAACAUGAUCAAAGAAGUAGACGAGGAUUUUGAUGGGAAGCUGAACUUCCGAGAGUUUCUUCUGAUUUUCCAUAAAGCAGCCGCAGGCGAGUUGGAGGAAGACAGUGGGUUGAUGGCUCUUGCCAGACUUUCAGAAAUCGACGUUUCCACUGAGGGAGUUCAAGGUGCCAAGAACUUCUUUGAAGCAAAGGUUCAGGCACUGACAACUGGCAGUAAAUUUGAAGCUGAAAUCAAAGCUGAACAGGAGCAACGUAAGCGUAUGGAAGAGGAGAAGAAGCAGAGAAGAGCAGCUUUUAAAGAACUGAAAGCUGCAUUUCAGUAAAAAAAAAGGCCUUAGUCCCAUCAAGAACAACUACUUGUACAGAUUUAUAAAGUGUAGAACUAAAUCCUAACAGCUGGACAUUUAAAACUUGCACUAAGUGACUGUUUCUUGGCUGCCACUCUAUUUUAAUUUUAUCCAAAAUCUAGCCAUGUUAUUUUUUUAAGCUAUCUAACUGAUUUGAUACUGUAUACAAGCCUCUAAAUUGCACUUAUACUAGCAAUGUGAGGAAAUGACAAAUUCUGCUCGUCAAUUAGGAGGUUGUUUGCAGUUGCCUUUCUCCUGAUCUGUACCGUAAAAUCAAUGGCUCAGGGCUUUGCUUUUGGUAGAUUGAAACAUCUCUUAGAAAUGCUGCACUAAAUUAUACUAUUUGAAGUAUUUUUGAGUUUUAUCUUUUGUAGCUCUUUUUAUAAGUAUUUCAUUUGGGAACAACUGUAGACUUUAGAUACAGGCUAUUUACUUUCCUCGGUGUUAUUUGUGGAAACUGCUUUUUGUGCUCUAAGCAAAUACUUAAUCCAAAAAUACAAUAUUUUAACAACCUAAUCUGCAAAACAAUGAUUACAUACUUAAUAUAGUGUAGCCACUUCAAAAAAUGUUAAUAUUGUAUCAAUAUUAAAUUAAGUCCUGCUACAACUAAACAUUUUACAUUUUGAUAGUGUUGAAAAUACAUUGUAUAUGUAGGUUUCGAAUUUUUUUUUAAUUAUUCAAUAUACUGGUUAUACAAAAAUUGUGAGCAUUGUGAAAAAGUACAAUAAGUGUGUGAACUCUCUGUAAACUUUCUGAUGAUUAUACACAGUGAUUUUCCAAUAGGUUGUUUGACUUUAGCCUGAUUCAUUCUUAAGAAGUCUUAGCAUACAUGUAAGCACAGUAAACCAUCAUAUCAAGGCUGUCUUGGGCAUUCCCAAUUUUACCCCCAUGACCUGACUCAGCAUUGUGCAAAAAUUGUCAACUGUAUCAAUACCAUAUGCAAUGCAACUUUACCUUCCUUUCAGAUAGAGGAAGUCUCAUAUAAUAUAGGACCGCUGGAAUUCUGCUUGUUCAGUAAUAAGAACCUGCUAAUGACCAGGCCAGUUAUUUUUGGCCUCCUUUCAGUAUGGUGUUGCCUGGAAUGUUUUGUGCAGCUGCAGAUUAGCUAAUAGUUAUCACUAAAGCUCCUAAAACUCAUUAAAACAGAGAUCAGAAACAAACCUCUUCGAACAUUUCUAAAUCAUGUGUUAUCUGAUGGGGAUUACAAAUGAGUUCCUCCACCACAUAGAUCAACUUGCCGUACUUCUGGCCUGGCCUUGCCGAGAUGCCUCAGGUUGUGUACUAUUCUGUAAGGUUACAUGUGCUGGUCACUCUACGCACUCCUGUAAUUUUUGAAACCUGCAAACAGUAAAUGACAUAAAUUACUAAUUUCACAAACUUUGAUUAAAAAAUUCAAGGGAUGUUUCUCUUUAAACCUUUUUAUGGCAAUGUCGAGAGUAUUGUGUGGAAGAAGACUGACUUUUUCACUCGGACAUAUGAUGAUAUUUUAAUGUUGUAUGGGGUAUCUAUUGGACCAGAAGCACAAUUAUCAGUACGACCCUACUCCUGUACCAGGAUAGAAUGAAUAAGUGUGAUGGCUGUGCACCAGGGUGCUAUGAAAUUUCUUGUUCACAUGAAGCUUACAGUUUAUAUUAAUAAUAUAACAGGUAGUAAUAUACCUGUUAUAUUACAAUAAAUACAGUGACAAGCACAAAACAACAGAAUGGUGCAAUUUGUUAUUGCAAUCUGAAAUAGUGCAAAAAAUGUUAAAAUGGUAAUAGCAUAAUAACCACAAGAGGUUGAAGAAAACAAGGUUUGUUUAUAGUUCUAAUAAAAUGUAAAAAAAAUAUGAUGUAAUGAGAAACGUCCAUUUUGCAAAUGCUUAACUGUGCAAUUUGAUUUUUGAGAAUUUUAAAAUUGCUUGAUUUUCUGGUUUGUAUUGUAAAGGAUUAUUCCUCCUAUUCCUCUGUAAUAUUUCUUCCUCCACGUUUUCCACCUUGGAUGAAAUUUGACUUGUACAUAUCUACAAAUAGAUUUUGGAAGUGCUGUUUUGCUCAAAAAGCAGGUAUCUGGCGUGACUACAACCUUUCCAAAGAAAGGGCAGUAGAUGGCUUUGAGAAGUGAACUAGUGAACUAAUCAGCUGGAUUAUAAAUAGUUCAAGACCAGAGCAGGGCAGGGCAGGGUUUAAGUAGAAAAGUGGAAGAAAGUGAUGGGUAUUUAUAAGCAGGGUCUAAAAUCAGAAAUGUUAAAGCUGCUGCAUAUUGUUAUUCAAUAUACUGGAAAUUUGCAAAUUGAUUAUCUGGAAAUUAUUUUGGGGAGGAAUAAUCCUUGCAAUCUGAGAACAGAAUUUCACUCUUGUAUGUGUCACAAACAGGAAAUAAUCAUAUUGCCACCUCUUCUAAAAUUCAGUCCCAUUGACCUGAAACACGUGCACUAGAAGAUGAAAUUCUGAGUUUCCAAUUCUUUAACAUUGUGUUUUAAUAUACAACUGUUUGUGCUAUUUAAAAAAUAUAUUUUGAAGUAAUAAAAUAAAUACUAAUGAUC